AACCACAAAGCAACCUGGCCGUUUUAAUGGUGGCCGUCGGCACUGAGCCAUGAAUGCACAUUACGAGGUCUACCGACACCACGUCAACGCCGGGGUUCCGAUGCAACCCGAAACAUGCCACGGAGCUCUUGCUUUGCGCCAAAGAUGCGCAACAGCUCCUAAGCACCCUACAAGAUGGCCAUCUCGAGGUGAAUGGUUUCCACGUGGCCAUCCUCGCGCAGCGCUCGAACGCGUGGCCUUCCACGCUACAGCUGGCGGAGCUGUGGCGAGAGAAGGCAGUGGAGACCACAGCGGUACUUCAGAACACGCUGAUGUCUUCCAACCUGGUGGGCUGGCUACAAGCUCUGUGCCACUUCCAGAGGAUCCCAAAGGUCGACCGAGUCUCGUUGGAUCUGCUCUUGAAACGCCUUGGCUGGAGCCAGGCCUGCGAGCUCAUGGGAGGGAUCACAUCGAAGUCCUGGCAAUGCAGUAACUAUGGACAGAACGCAGUCUUGAAAGCUUGUGGACAAAGUCAUGAAUGGCAACGUGCCAUGCAGGUCUAUCAAGCCGUAAAAGGAACUGAACGCGCCUCCUUUUCCCAGAACAUGGCGCUCGAUGCGUUGAAAAAAACCGGUGAAUGGGGAUUGGCACUUUGGUGUUUUAGCUCUCUUUGCAACGAAGGACUUGAACGGGACUUAGCUUCCUAUAGUACCAUCAUGAGCGCCGGCGUCCGUCACAAAAAGUGGAGCCUAUCCCUCCAAGUAAUGGAUGGCAUGACGACGCUGGAGGAGGUGCCAAACAGGAUCUGCUUUAACAACCUCUUGGCAGCGUGCAAAAUUAGCUCCAACUGGUUCUUGGGACUUGCGAAGCUGCAGCAGAUGGAUGAGGAGGCCUUACAGCCAAAUGUGGUAAGUUUCAACAACUUGCUGGGCGCCUGUGAAGAGACAGCUGAGUGGCAACGAGCACUGGAGUCUUUGCAGCAAAUGUCUGUGAGACGCCUCGAGCCCAACGAGAUCAGUUUCUCGUUGUUUCUUGGGGCACUUGGUCGUGGCAAGGAAUGGCAGAUGGCACUGACGCUGUUGCAAGAGAUGUCCAGAUGGCGAGGCGAUCACUUGAUGAGUCGCACCAGUGCCAUGUCGGCCUGUCGUAGAGCCAAGAAGUGGCAGGCUGCCUUGGCAGCUCGUGCGAGCGCAAUGGAAGACAUGGAUACAGCUGCCCUUAGCACAGCCAUUUUGGCAUUGGAGGAUGGCAACCGUUGGAUGGCCACCCUCGGCCUUUACGAAAGCGCUGGCGGCCGCGUCGCGCUGGACGUGUUGGCUCGUGCGCAACAGUGGGAAGUGACCAUGGCCCUGCGCAGUGCGCAUUUGUCGAAGGCGCUCCUGGCAGCGUGCCCGUGGCGAGUCGCCACGGUGCUAUGGCCACGGUCAGGCGACGAGCCAGCGCUGGAAUCGACCAGUGCAGUGUGCAGCGCUUGCGCGGAAGGGACCCAGUGGAGGAUGGCUCUGGAAAUCUUCAGUCACCUACCGCGCCUGGAUGAAGUGAUCUUCAGCUGCCUGCUGGGUGCCUUUGGAAAGGCACGACAAUGGCAGGAGGCGAUCCAACUGAUGAUGUCAAUGCCACCAGAGAUUUCCAAAGACACGGCCGUGUACAACGCGGGGUUGGAAGCGCUGAGUGCAGGAAUGUGGCACUGGUCCCUCUCACUGCUUGCAGCGAUGGAAAAGAAGAACUUGGCGGACGUGACAUCCUACAGCCUGGUAGCGCAGGCCUGUGUGAAUGCUGCGCAAUGGCUGAGGGCGCAAGACUUCUUGAGCCGCUUACAGACGCUGGGCGAUUUUUGUUUGGGAGAGGGGCAGAAGUU